CAGGCCAUGGACCAGGCAAAUCGCCGCCAAAAGCCAUCCAAGGCAGGCCAACAAGGCUUCAAGACAAAGUCUUGCAACAUCCCCAGCCUCACCGAGCUUCGCAAGUCGCUAGGUUACGGGCACAGGGGGGAAGAGCGAGAUAUCGCCUUCAAGAGAGCCCUCACAGCACAAGUCGAGACAUUUGUUUCCAAAGACAACUUGCCCGGUGUCAGCUUCACAAAGUGGAAGACACUUGCCCACCAGAAAGGCCUCCGGGACAUGACCAAGGACUUCCUUUUCGUCAAACAAAAAGGUCCUGAAUUCUGGCCCGACGACCCCAACUCGCCUAACAAGCGGCCUCUCAAGUACACAAGGGACUACGAACAGAUACAUCUUCUCUUGACCAAAGUGUUUUACCGCACAGCUCGGGAACACAAACGCAAACAGUCCGCACCUUCGACUUCCAAAGAGUCGACUCAGAAACCCAAGUCUACCUCCACUAAGCAACCUCAUCCAAAAAAGAUCUCGGGUGAACAGACUUCGCGACAAGCCUACCCAUACUCCAGGGGCCAAAGCGCCGACGACCCCAUCGAGCUUGACAACAUGCAGCCUACAACAAACUCUUCCGCACCACCUGCGGAUGUCGACCCGUUUGCAGGGAUGUUCACCUCCAGGCAAUUUAUGCCACUUGAAGGAAUGCCAGAUGGCAUCCCGCCUGAGGAAGAGCCUAUCGAUCGAGUAUGGGAAAUGCGAGAUGACUAUCUCAAUAUUCAAGUCCCUCGAGAUAACAAUCCAACUUCAAAUAUCCCCACCCAUACUACACCUGUUGAAGAUCCGUAUCAAGGGCCUAACAGCCCGACCGAAGACACUCAUGUUGUACGCGUCAAGUUCGCCAAACUUUUUGUAUAUCAUACUGACAUUGACUACAAGCCUCGAGAUCGCGGUAAACGGCCGGAACGACCGUACUCCAUCCAAGAUGUUCGCCCCGCCAAAGUCCCUCGACAUGAACAAGACAACAUAGAAGUCGUCGCCGGAUCAUCAACCAAUGGCCCGUCUUCCAAUAACUCAUCCGCCAACGUGCCUUCUGCCAGUAACUCGUCUUCCAGUUUUGCUCCCACCAGCGUCCCUUCCCAAUAUGUUCCAUCGGCCGGUCCCCCUUCUGCUGCGCCUGUCAAGAAAAGGGGCUACACCCGUCACGAGCAUACAAGAACCCGAGCCUCAAAGCGGCCCCGGAAGCCAGUUCAGCGCCCGGGUUUCGCUCGUGAGCAAACCAUGGACAGAGCUUUUCUCACCUCUUCUUCGGAAGAGGAAGAAGAACAAGACAGUGACGCAGAGCGUGAGUUCCAAGAGCCGCCACGCCCUACAGCCAAUGUCUCCAACGACACAUCUCGUGAUGAGAAUCCCUCCACUACUGUACCUCCUGGUAACGCUACAGAACCAGCAGCAGAGAAGCCAUCGUCAAAGCCCCGUAAAAAUGCUUCCAAGAAGCAAGCUUCGACCAAGAAAAGCUCCAAGCCCAGAGCACCUAGAUCAAGCGCGAAGCGUGGCCCGGCGCAAGAAUCCCCAGCCGGGCCCAGCAACUCUACGCAGCAGCAGGCCAAUGGCAGCUCAACAUCCGGGCCAGGAACUAGUCAGUCUCAAACUGGCCAGCCCCAGACCGAGCAGAACCAGCCACCUCGAAACAACACCGUGCCAAGUGGAGAGAGACAAGUUAUUGAUUCUACAUCAUUCCUCUUCCUCAGACACAACGGCAAAGCGUUCAGGCCCUGGACGCCCUCAGCCAACGUGUUCCAUGCGUCCCUCUCCGAGCUCAUGCAGGAUCUAGGGUGGGACAAGGCCCAAACGCUCUCCCUGAAGCUUGAUGCCAAAUUCCUUGAUGAUGCAUAUGAAGUGGACGUUGAGCCAGGCGAUAAUGAAACGCUCAACAAAAUGAGGCGCAGCUUUGUCAGGGAGAUGAAACGGUGCUACCAGCGCACCAGGGAGCCAAACUUGGAGUUUGAACUGCACUUCAAGCCGCUGCAGGUGUAA